AUGGAGAUUGAGAGGGAAGCUCCGGGUAACGACAAGGCGAGGAGCUGGAGAGCUAAUGUAGCGCAGGAAGACUCUAAGAGCAAGCUUGACGGCGGUGAUCAGCCGAUGAAGGAGCCUGCAUGGAAAAGGUUCCUGGCUCAUGUUGGACCAGGGUUUAUGGUGUCAUUGGCAUACUUGGAUCCUGGGAACUUGGAAACGGAUCUGCAAGCUGGAGCGAAUCACCGAUACGAGCUCCUCUGGGUGAUUCUCAUUGGUCUCAUCUUCGCACUCAUCAUUCAAUCACUAGCAGCUAAUCUUGGAGUGGUGACAGUUAUAGGGACAGCCUUCGCUUUCAACCUCUUAUUCCACAUCCCCGUGUGGGUGGGGGUUCUCAUCACCGGCUCCAGCACUCUCCUGCUCCUGGGCCUACAAAGAUACGGGGUGCGGAAGCUGGAGUUCCUGAUCUCGAUGCUGGUGUUCGUCAUGGCGGCGUGCUUCUUCGGGGAGCUGAGCAUCGUGAAGCCGCCGGCGGUGGAGGUGAUCAAGGGGCUCUUCAUCCCCAGGCUCAAGGGCGACGGCGCCACCGCAGACGCCAUCGCCCUCCUUGGAGCUCUUGUCAUGCCGCACAACCUGUUCCUGCACUCCGCUCUGGUGCUGUCUCGGAAGACGCCGUCGUCGGUGAGAGGGAUCAAGGACGCGUGCCGGUUCUUCCUCUACGAGAGCAGCUUCGCGCUGCUCGUGGCGCUGCUCAUCAACAUCGCCGUCAUCUCCGUCUCCGGGACCGUCUGCUUCUCCGGCAACCUCUCGGCGGAGGACGCCGUCAAGUGCAGCGACCUCUCGCUCGACUCCUCCUCAUUUCUACUCAAGAACGUGCUGGGCAGGUCGAGUGCGAUCGUCUACGGCGUGGCGCUGUUGGCGUCUGGGCAGAGCUCCACCAUAACAGGCACCUAUUCCGGCCAGUACAUCAUGCAGGGUUUUCUGGACAUCAGGAUGAAGAAGUGGCUGAGGAACCUGAUGACACGCUGCAUCGCCAUUGUGCCGAGCCUAGUCGUCUCCAUCAUCUGUGGCUCCAGUGGCGCCGGCCGUCUCAUCAUCAUCGCUUCGAUGAUCCUGUCCUUUGAGCUGCCGUUCGCCCUCAUCCCACUCCUCAAGUUCAGCAGCAGCAGCAGCAAGAUGGGACCCCACAAGAACUCCAUCUAUAUUAUCGUGUUCUCGUGGUUGCUGGGGCUGAUGAUCAUCGGCAUCAACAUGUACUUCCUGAGCACCAGCUUGGUCGGGUGGCUCAUCCACAACUCCCUCCCCAAGUACGCCAACGUGCUCGUCGGCCUCGUCGUCUUCCCCCUCAUGCUCAUCUACGUCAUCGCCGUCAUCUACCUCACCUUCAGAAAGGACACCGUCGUCACCUUCGUCGCCGACUCCACCCAGCUGGUUGACGCCGAGAAGGCCAAGGUGGCCGGUGAGGAGGAGGACGACCAACCCGUGCCGUUCCGGCAGGACCUGGCGGACAUCCCACUGCCGGAGUAG